GCCGCCAUCUUGGUUAUCGAGUGAUCGGCAGUUUCCGGAAAGACCCGAAGUUUGCCGAAGCGGCUCACACACAGCGUGCCAAAAUGGCGGACGUCGAAGAAGAGGAGCAGUGGUUGUACGGAGAUGAGGAGGCUGAAGAGACCAAGGCAGAUGAACCACCUCCAUUGGAGUCUACACCAGAGGAAAAGGAAAAGGAAGCAGUGAAUGGAGAAGAUGCUGCCCCUGCGGUGACCAGUAACCUGUCAGCUGAUGCUCCUGAGUUUGUUACUAAGAAGACAGCUGAGGGAGGGGAGGAUAAGGAGGCAGGAGAGCUGAGUGGAGAAGAGAACCAGGAGGAGGAUGCUGAUGAUGAUGACAGUGACAGUGAUGAUGAUGUUCAGGUCACCAUUGGAGACAUCAAGAGCGCCCCAGCUUCCUAUCCCGGCUAUGGUGGCACCCCCAUGAACCUGGACAUCAAAAGAACAGCAGCCUACAGUAGAGGAGGACCUGCCCCCGGCAGUGCAGGGAAGACAGUUAAGGGUAUUGACCUUGCAGCCCCCGGGGCCAUCAAUGGUGUACCUGUGAUUGACUUUGACCUGGACACACUGGAGGACAAGCCGUGGAGAAAGCCUGGUGCUGAUAUCACUGACUACUUCAACUAUGGCUUUAACGAGGACUCCUGGAAGAUCUACUGUGACAAACAGAAGAGAUUACGCAUGGAUACCAACCUACAGAAACCCAUCUAUGUCCACCAUGCUGGGAGCACCAAUACUAGACAGGACAAGGAAGAACAAAGUCAUGCCCCUGUGGGAAACCCCAUCCAGAGACGAGGCAGUGGGAACUACCGUGGUGCAGGGCCCCCGCCUGACCGCAAGGCUGGCGGAGUGAUCGACGUGAUCGGAGGGGGGAUUUCACGUGUGGAAGGAAGGCGACGGGACAGACCACCAGACGAGAACGUUAUUCCCGUGAUGGGGGCACCUCCUGAUGAUGCAGGGAGAGGAAUGAGACGAAUGCACCCCCCUCCUGGAAUGCCCCCUCCGGGACCCCCUCCCAACAUGCCCCCACCCCCCUUCAUGCCACCCCCUCCCGUCAGUUCAGCCUCGCAGCCACCUCCUCCACAUCCAGCGAUGCAUGCUGGGGGUGGUUUUCCAGGUAUCCCCAUCCCUCCCCCCGGGAUGUCAGGACCACCCCCUGGGUUCCCACCGCCUGACGCCAUGCCACCAUUCGACUCUGGGUUCAACCCUGACAGAGGUCGGUUCCCCCCUCCCGGACCGCCCCCUCCCUCUGGCCCCCCUCCCCCCAGUCAUGACGACAGAGGCCAACCACGAGGCUAUGAAGACAGACCGCCUUACUAUGGCGGAGACCACCCAGACUUCCCCCCCUACAACCUGGGCCCACCCCCCUCGGGCCCCCCUCCCGGCUCCUGGGACCCCGGGCGCAGACAGGAGAACGAUGAAUACGACUUCUUCCCCCCUCCGGGCCCACACAUGAACAGGGGGUCAGAGAGCGACUUCUCUAGUGACAGUGAGCAGGAGUAUCAGAGAAGACAACACAGCAGAGAGAGAACCCGGGAAAGAGAACCACGGGAGUACCGGGACAGAGAUCGGGAAAGAGAGAGGGACAGAGACAGGGACAGAGAAAGGGAUAGACGACGGGAAGAGCGAGACAGAGGGCGGGAGAGAGAGCGUGACCGUAGCCGUGACCGCGAGCGAGAACGGAGACACCGAGACAGGGACCGAGAGAGCAACAGGCGAACUGAAGAGACAGAAGAGAGUAAGGACAGACAUCGGUCAUCCAGAAGGAGACACCAUGACGACGGUGAGAAAGAUUCCUCCGAACACCGCAGCUCCAGACACAAGCGCAGCAAGCACUCCAAACGCUCCAAAGAGCGGGAAACCUCCAAAACGGAGGAGUCGACUGAAGGGGAGGCGCCACCUCCUGCAGAGGGGGGUGCAGGGGAGGAGGAACCCAUGGAGUCCUAGGAGACACCAGUAGACAACUCUACAACUCAUCCUCCUACGCACGGACCCCAACCGGCUAAUCGCCUAUGAGGGGAUCCUGCUAUCUGAAGGGCCACCCCCGGUUACUGUGAGCGUCGCCGCAAACCAGCUGUCUGCCAAUCAGAGAAUAGCCUGUCAGUUUUCAAAAGGGAUCUUGCAAAGGCCUGAUUGGGCGCUGAUUGCCUGUUUCCCAUAUAAGGGUAAACUCAUUAAUAUUUAUGAGUAGGACUGUCAGUAACCGGGGGUGGCCCUUCAGAUAGCAGGGUCCCAACAUAGGGGAUUAGCCGGUUGGGGACCGUGCAUAGGAGGAUGUCUACAACUAUACUGUGUAACAUAGAAAGUGGAUGUUUGCCAGUUAUGUGAAUGUUAAAACAACAUCUGAUCUCAACAUCAAGAAUUCAAAUCAAGAUGUGUACUCAUAUGUUAAACUCAUCACUGCUACUCUCAACUUAUAUACUAGAAAUAAUGAAGUGUAAUAGAAAAACAGAAUUGAAUAGAAAACAUGUAUCCCAGGAGUUUUUGUACUUGUAUGUACUGUGUCACUGUGCUUUCUUUUAUGACUUUCAAAGUAUAUUGGAAACAUAACAAUGGAAAGACUUAUUAAGGUAAAUGGAGCUUCUCAUUUUGGGUUUCAUCUGUAGUCCUAAUAUUUCAGCCUGGUGUUGGUGUAACGGUUAGGGUGUUUGGCCCAGGACCCAGGUUCGGGGUUUGAAGCCCCUGAUAUACCACCUAUGUUGUGUUCUUGGGAAAGGCACUUUACAUGACUUCCCUCAUUAAACCCAGGUGUACAAAAUGUUUUUGAUUUUGGUUGGGGAGGUACAGGGCAGUGGUAGGAGAGGGAUGGGCUCCGCCUUCUAAUGCUGUGCAGUAGACACAGUGGAUAACAACCCUGCUACCCCUGCAGCCACAAAAAGGCUAUAGCACUACAUUUUACCUUUUUUACCUUUUGGCUAACGAAUUUAUAACACAAUAGUAAUGUGUCAUAUUUUGGUGUACUAGGGACAAUGAUAGCACAAGAAGAGAACUAUCUUGUUGGACCACUUG